AUGUGUCCUAAUCCUAUCCUGUUGUCUGUUUCAGAGGGCUAUCCCAAGGCUGUCCUGACCCUGAAGCCUGCCUGGGCACAGAUAUUCACAGGAGAGACAGUCACCCUGAGCUGUGAGGUGGAGGGGGGCUUUGCUGACUGGAGGUUUAAACAGUACAGAGAUGGGCGUGAAGAGGCAGGGUGCAAUCAAUGGGUGUUCCUGCAGACUCCCCCCCAGCCUGUGUUGGAGGGAGACUCUCUGACUCUGAGGUGUCGUGUCUGGAGUUAUACAGCUACCAGGGUUGUCUUUUAUAAGGAUAAUGAAGAGUUCCAGUCCCAGGUUGGCACAGAGCUGAGUGUGGCUCGUGUUUCAAAGAGUGACGAGGGGUCCUACAAGUGCAGAGCAGAGUGGUGGGACUCCUCCACUUAUUCUGGUGUCUCUGCAGAGGUGCGGGUGACAUUGAGGGACACGUUUGAAAUCCCGUUCUGUCUCAAAGUGUCCGACAGCUUCAGAAUCACUAACCUGUCUUCAUGUCAUCUUUUCGUAGCUCUGUUCUCCAGGGUGACUCUGACAGCAUCUCCAGGAGCCACAGUGAAGGAGGGAGAGGCUCUUAACCUGACCUGUGAGGCAGCAGUGAACAAAACCCCCCGCCCUCAACUCCACUACACCAUUGUGAGAGACGGGGAGCCUGUGACUAACAGCACUGACUCUGCACUGUACAGCAUAGCCAGCACUGAGAAGAGCCACACUGGGAGCUACACGUGUGCUGUGGAGUCACAGGGAGUGAAGAAGAGCAGCCAGGAGCUACACAUUGAAGUGCAAACGUCCUGGCACAGCGCUGCUGCUGCUGCUGGCUUCAGUGUCGGCUUCUUUGUGAUUCUUCUCAUUGUGUUCACUCUGCUUCUCCUCUAUCACAAGAUCAGAGGUUCCCCGUGUAUCACCGGUGGUAAGAGGAGGGAACGCUCGGAUCAGAACCAGGACCAAGCAGCAGGGGGAGUAGAGCUCUCCAGCCAAGCACAGCAACCUGAUUCUGAAGACAUCGUUUACAGUGAGAUUGACACCAGCAAACACAACAAUACAAAGAAAGUCAAACCUGCUGAGACUGACACUGUGUACUCAGCUGUGAAAAUAAGUGCAGGCAAGCCCACUGCAGAUAAUGCAGAGGUCAUGUAUGCCACAGUCCUCCCAAAGAAGAAAAGGAAGUAAAUGAAGGGGGUCCCCAGGAGUGAGAGCCAGCCUGAAUCCAGAGACACUGAGAAGGGGAGCGUGUCAAACUGAAGGAGACAGACCCAUUCUUUCAGAAUGACCUGGAGAGCCCUGGGAUUCAGCUCCACUCCUGCCCCUGAAUUGGAAAUGAAUCUCACUCAUCAUGCUGUGAGGAUUUAGGACAGUUACAGGGUCAUUCUACUUAGAAGGGACACAUUGGAAAUAUAUACCAAGCUUUUUCACUGAACACUUGUAUGUGUGAUAUGAACCCACCACAUUAAACAAAGCUGUCAAUAACAUAUAUGAUAUUUUUAAAUGUAAUUUGAGCUGUAAAUGUAUUGCUGCGCCAGUGUCAGUGAGUACAGUAUAUGAUAAAGAAAUUCAUUGUUUAAAAUAGUUUGAGUUCCUGUACGUUUUCCAGUAUCUCUGUA